CUUCAGAGUGCCACACAGCUGUCCCAGUCGUGCUGGUGGUGCCAUCAGAAGAACCAGUGCCACCCUUUCCCUCCCUCUCUCUCUCUCUCUCUCUGUCACUCCUCGCGCUUUAUCGUCUCUCCUUUAACCGCGAUUCGGUCUCUUUCUUCGUUCCGCUGUUACUCGCAAAGAGAAACCUGCCUCUUGUGAUACGAAAUGAAUUUCAAGUAACGGAUUACCGGUGCAUACGAAGUGACGCGGAUCUUCUUUUUUCGGCGUUUCCGGAUUGGACACAUUCGCUCGAAUUUGCCUCCGAAAUCACCUGUGGUCCGAGACGAAAUUUGCCUGAAAAGAGUAGCGAGGAGAGAGUGCAUUCCCCGAGGACAUUUACUCGUCAGAAAAAGGCCUUUCCGUCAGACAGCAGAGAACGUGAACAACAUGAAGAGAGGGGCCGCUGGUGUGUGUUGCUACUGGGUCGUCGCCAUCCUGCUGUUGCUGUCAGCCCCUUUCGUCGAGCUAGCCGUUAGGGAUGAAGCCGAGGCCGAAGAUUGUGCACUGUACGAAACAGACAGCCACGCAAAAACUAUGAACCAAGUGAUCUCUACAGGGGUCCUACAGAAGGGAUUCCAAUUCGCUGCAACACUGUCUCUGACAUCGCAGGAUAUGGAGAAGAGCUGUCACGUCAAUAUCCUAGGCGUCGACGUGGCCAUAAGUUGCGGCAACAGCAAAAUGAAAGUCUACAAAUGGUCUCCGGAUCUGUUCAAGGAAAACGAUAUUACUGAACUCUGGGUACACCUUGGGCCGCUUGGAGAGGAUCCCGUGGAGGAGGGGGAGGAGGACCACGACGAAGGGGAGAGCACUGUCUCCACAGACCUGGUGCUCAUUGGCCGCCGAGGAGCUCACAGGGGCCACAUUUUGUUCCCUGCCAGUGGUCUCCAUCCUCCUAUAACCGUCAGAUGGAAACCCAUGCAACCUAUGUCUUACUACUAUAACUGCGUCACAGGAUGCCUCUUCACCAAGAGCGUCUCGACGCCUCCAGGAGCCUAUUCCAUCUUCUUCCGUCCGGGCAACAACUUUUCACACCUUUUGGUGGCCUACAACUCCACCGUCACCUUCGCCGAGUAUAGGAUGGUGCUGAAUGCAUCCGAUGUCACCGUCGACGACCACUGGAGAAACCUGACCGCCGUCUGGAACAAACAGGAUGGAGGAAUUGGGGUCCUCAUCGACGGUCGACCGAUCAGAGGCUUAGAGAGCUUCGUCUCCCUAAGCAAAGGAAACGGGAUCGUGACAGAGAUCAGCGGAGAAGGCGCCCACGUAAGGCUUUGCGAUCCGAGGUUUAAGGACAUUGCCGUUGCGAAAGGCACAGAACAGGUUCCCAGCUUCAGUCCUGUGUUCAAUGUGGCGUCCUUUGACGAUACAGAAAAGCGAUCAGCCCCUGACAUCAGCCAGAACUGGCUGGUCAUUCUCGCCCUGGCCUGCAUCGGUCUCCUGUUCUUGGCUGCCAUCGUGCUGCUGGUCCUUCUCCUGAGGACCAAGAGGCAACUCCUGAGGCAGACGGAAACGGCGGCCAGGAAUAACAUCGCCGUUGACACCCUGACUUCCACACGUACUGCUACGGUUAAAAGUACCGCACCACUGUACCCCGAUCCCCACGGAGGCAGAGAUAACCUUGGCGGUAAUGUGGAAGGACCCAAAGGCCAGCUGUCUCCUGUUCCGGGCGGGAAUAGUAACCAUUACGCAUACAUCGGAUCAAAGACUUAAGAACAUGCCAGUCCGCCUUGGUAUAUUAUCCUUGAUGAACUCUAAGAAUUUACUGACAUCUUCAAGGAAGUAGAAGAACAUUCUAGAACUUAGAAGUGUUACGCAACGCUCAAAAGUGCAAAUAGCGCUGCAUAAAGUUCUACUGUUUGGUGAUAUAGUGUUAUGCUGAUUUACAGAAAGUGCUUAAAGAUUACUUUUCUUCUCUAAAAAGAAUGAUCGGUUAGUGCUAUGAAAUAUAUUAGGCCGACAUUUGAUUUUAGAAAUGGAAAAUCCACUUGCUAGUAAGUUGCAGACAACGAACAAAACACUAAAUAAUGUUGUUUUCAAUUCAUCUGAGAAACAUGAUUUCAUAUGGUGCCUAUGAAAGUUAGUUAUGCAAACACUUUACGAAACAUAACAAAGGUAUAUAUAUGGAGAGUUCAGGUAAAGAGUACCAAUGUUAUGAACAUUUCUUUCCAAAUGAUAUCAGGAAAUGCCAUUUGAAAGAAAUACUUUUCCACGUAUAUAUGCAUAAACAUUCUGGAAUCGCUGACGAGUCUAUUUUGAAGCACAACGGGAAAUGUAAUAGCAUUUCAAAUAUUUGUGAAUUUUUCUACGGACUGCUCAAUGAUUAACUGUUAUAUAGUCAAAUGUUUUUUUUAUGUUACUUCCUAUUUAUUUUAAAUGUUAUUUGUAUAAUGAAGUAUUGUAAGAGAGGGUUGCCCUUCUAUAUCUGAUUAUGAAAUGUGGUUGUCUUGUAAGCAUUCCUAUACAAUACAUGAAAUGAGAGAAA